GCUAGGCCGAGACCCCCAGGGCGGUGGGAGCGCGCCGGCGGCUCCGUCGGUGACCGCGGUGUUCCGGCUCCCGCAGGAGGAUGCUGGUGGUGGAGGUGGCGAACGGCCGCUCCCUGGUGUGGGGCGCCGAGGCGGUGCAGGCGCUGCGGGAGCGCCUGGGUGUAGGGGGCCGCACGGUGGGCGCCUUGCCCCGCGGGCCCCGCCAGAACUCGCGCCUGGGCCUCCCGCUGCUGCUGAUGCCCGAGGAGGCGCGGCUCCUGGCCGAGAUCGGUGCCGUGACCCUGGUCAGCGCCCCGCGCCCGGAUCCCCGCCAACACAGCCUGGCUCUGGCAUCCUUCAAGCGCCAGCAAGAGCAGGACUUCCAGGAGCAAAGCGCCCUGGCUGCUGAGACCCGUGAGACCCGUCGUCAGGAGCUCCUAGAGAAGAUUGCCGAGGGCCAGGCUGCCAAGAAGCAGAAGCUGGAACAGGAUUCAGGGACCAGUGAGAGCCAGGGGGCCAAUGGGAACCAAGCAGCCGAAGAAAAUGAGACCAGAGCAAGCCAGGCUUCUGGAGAGCAGGAGGAAGCAGGCUCCUCCUCUUCCCAACCAGGGCCUUCAGAUGGGGUGGCCCUCUUGCCUAGGUCUGCUCUGCUCGUUCAGCUAGCCACUGCUAGGCCUCGACCCAUCAAGGCUAGGCCCCUGGACUGGCGUGUCCAGUCCAAGGACUGGCCCCACGCUGGCCGUCCAGCCCACGAGCUGCGCUACAGCAUCUACAGAGACCUGUGGGAGCGAGGCUUCUUCCUCAGUGCCGCUGGCAAGUUCGGUGGCGACUUCCUGGUUUAUCCUGGUGACCCGCUCCGUUUCCAUGCCCACUACAUCGCCCAGUGCUGGGCUCCUGGGGAUCCCAUCCCACUCCAGGACCUGGUUUCUGCUGGCCGCCUCGGAACUAGUGUCAGAAAGACGCUGCUCCUUUGUUCUCCGCAGCCUGAUGGUAAGGUGGUCUACACCUCCCUGCAGUGGGCCAGCCUGCAGUGAACUCCAGAGACUUAUGGGGUGUGGCUUUGUCUGUGGCAAGAGCCUUUCUAGAUGGUCCCAAGUUCAUCUCUUCGUGGGAGACUAGAACACCUUCCUACCUCUCCCUACGGUUAGUUUUUGAUUCCACAUUUAUAAACACUACAUCUUUCUUAUGUCCCUCCCUAUUUCAAAGCACUUAUUGGCUCUGUGGUUUUGUAGUUACCUAUUUCCAAACUGUGAGCUUCUUGAGAGUGAAGAUUGGGUUUGAUUCAUCUCUAUUUUCUACAGGGCUUAGGUCCCAAGAGAUCUCAAUAAACUUGUUGAAUAAAUGU